AUGGAACCAAGCCCACGUACAAAAGCGACCGGCACCAAGUCCCUACCAGUCACCACUACCGAGUGGGAAGUCGUUGAUCCCCAAUUCUUGCCGUUGUCACCUGGGGAGUGCCCAUGUUUCACCCCUCGCCCAGAUCUCCGGUAUUUGAAGAGAGAAAAUGACAAUAACCGUCCUCCACUGGAGCAAAUAGGAGAGCCGAAUAACUGCGCUCCUCUGGCGUAUCCUCUGGAGUCAGCACCGCGUAUUUUCAAGCCCGAGCCAGAUACAUACUUGCCCCAGGUUGCAGACCAGCACCCAUGGCUAUCUACGCCUCCCGCACCCGCCCCAUUGCGUACAGAUGGACGGGCUCUCUCCAUAGCCACGUCCAACCGCACCGUAAGUAUACCUAGCAGCAGCACGGGACCCAUCAUGAAUACCUACGCGACGGCGCGCACCGUCCACGAUAUAUGCUUGCAAGCAACGAGGACGUAUCUCGACACGCAUAUCGCGAACCGGCGUGCUCGGGCUGCCAGUCAGGGUUGGUCUAUGGCUUGUAAUGGCAGUAGUAGUAGGGGCAGCAGCAACGGUACCAGUACGAAUAACAGUAGCAACACCACCGAUAGUAGCAACAAUAACAGCAACAAUAACAACAUUUGUACUCACAACUUUACCUUCAACUCCAACGCCAUUCCACCUUCAACCCCGUCCCUCCUACUCAACACAAGCAGCAUUUGCAGCAUGCUCUGGACCGGGUCGCAACGAGACCGUUUACACGUACUCAACGUUGAGCGGCUCGCGAUCGAAUCUAUGGGGCGGUUAAUGCACUGGGCGGAAACCGUAGCCCUUAGCAGCGAGGACGAGUGGCGGGUAGCCGACGAGCAGGCUUUGUGGCAGGCACUCGACGCGGGGAGGAAUCUGUGCAGUUGGUUGGGAGUCCCGGAUGCGAUGCACGCGAUGGAAGCGCUUGAGGGAGAAGUGAUGGAGGAGUAUGGGGGCCCGUGA